AUGGCUGUGCCCGCGGCAGCUCCGCUGCCCUGCCCGCUCCUCCUCGCCGUGUGCUGGGCGGCGGCGGCGGCCGCGGCGGCGGCAGCAAAAGUUCUUCCAUCUCCAUCCAACUUGAACUAUUCACUGACCCAUAUCUGUACUCUGACCUGGACAUGGAACCCCCCAGAGAACAUCAGCAGUAGCUGCAACCUGGAGUAUUCCAGUGACAUCGUCAUUAAUGGGGUUCCUGAGGACAGAAGAGAAUGGAGUAAGAGCCGAUUCCGUGUGACGGACGCGCACUUGAGUGAGGAAAUGCGCCUCAGAGUGAGAAGCGAGUGCAAGAAUGACAACACCAGUGAGCCCAGCCCCUGGGUGGAGACAUCCCUCCUGCCAAAAGGUAUUCCAGGUACUGCUGCUGUUGACUUGGGCUGUGUCUGGCACAAUCUGGAGUACAUGGCUUGUACCUGGCAUCGUGGGGAGAACGCAAGCAGUGACACCAACUACACUUUGUUCUACUGGUUUGAUGGCUUGGAAAACCCUAAGAGCUGUAGCAACUCCUCUAUAGACCAAGGAAUCUUUGAAUGCAUUUUCAAUCUUACCUUCCCAAAAGACAGGAGAACUUAUCCUGAUAUAAGUAUUUUGAUUAGAGGAGAUUCUGAAGAAGUCAGGCCUGUAUGUGCAAGUAAAAAUCCUACCACCCUCGUAAAACCUGCCACACCAAGACAAUUGACAUUGUCAAAGACUAAUGAUGGAAUUGAUGUAAAGUGGAGUGAAUCAGAAACUUUUCCAAAAAGUUGUUUGCAGUAUGAAGUUAAGUAUAGCAAUGGUGAUUUGGACACUGGUCAGAUCAUUGCAUCUGAGAGGAGUUCUGUGUCAAUUGCUGGCAUUGAUGCUCACAGCAAGUACAGCUUCAGAGUGAGAGCAAAGCCAAAGCGGGAGUGCUACAACAGCCACCUCCAAAGUGACUGGAGCGAGGAAAGGAGCAUCGGUGAGAAGAGGGACUCUACAAUCUAUUUAGUUCUAAUAAUUACCAUUCCAUUAAUAGUUGCAGUAUCUACAAUAAUUCUACUGAUUUAUCUAAAAAGGCUGAAGAUAUUAAUUCUUCCACCAAUUCCGGACCCAAGGGAAAUUCUCAAGCGCAUGUUUGGAGAGCAGAACGAGGAUUCCCAGAGCUCUGCAAAGGACGACCCCAUGAAUGCUUUUGACAGGUUAAUUAUAGAAGAAGAAAUUCAUUCUUUAAUUUUAACAGAACCUUCAGAGAGCACUAAUCCUGAAAAAGAAAACAGGUAG